GGGUUUUUUAGCUCAGACUUGCUAAUACUGUAUUUAAAAUGUGUGCAAAUUGUGCAGUUGAAAAUAUUUCUCAUCAGGCAUUGAACUCUUAAUGGCUUGUUCCUACAACUCAGCAUGUGAUCUCAGCCCCUUUCCCCUACUGUACCGGGUAAUCGCCCCCAGAGGCUGAGCUUGUCCACCCAGGACUGACGGGGCCAUCGGAGCACUCAGUCUGAGCUCUCCCAGGCAUGCCCCUUGGUGCCAAGCAGAAAAACCAGAGCAGCUGGUAUUUGGGGACCAGGCUUGUGCCCACUAAAAGGCCCCAAUCGCAGAAAAUGGCUUCUCUUGAGGAAAAAGCAACUUUCCACCCACCAAGAAGGCCCCUGUCUUCUCUCCCAACACACGCGUGUAGGCAGGGCCCCUACCGGCCUGAGCUCCUUUGUGCUAUUUAGAAAAAGGUGCCCCAUCUGGGUGGAGAAGGCAGGGGCAGGGUCUCAGCUCCCUUGGCCCGGGUACGAGUGAAGGGCACCUUCCCCUCUUAGCCUUGUUGCCCCCAGACAGCCCCCUCCCUCCCCAGCUGGAAGGCUGAAGACCUUUGGAAGGCACUUGCCAGGACCAACAAACCAGAUCUGUGGAAGUCAGAUACGAUUUGCCAGUUUCUGAAAGCGCCCGAAGCUCCGCACAGAUGUUGGAUCUACCGGGCACUUUGCCGUCGCGUUCCGAGUCGUUCCCACUGCAGCACCGAGUGUGUCGAGAACAAACCACUUUGUAGGCCAGGGAUGGUAGCAAGAGUUGGGAUUGAAAGAGAAGCAGCAGAAAAGCACUGGCACUGAAGUAGGGUCUACGCAGGCCCCGCAGAUAAUCUGGCUGGGGACUUCUCUCUUUGAGAGCUGAGGGACUAAGGCCCGUCCCACUCGGUUGUUCUGGGGUCCAAAGAAGACAGUUCCUCCAGCAGCCCUCACCCACUUCUCCCUGUUCUCUCCUCUUUCCUUCACGGCCAAAUUUCUUGAAAGAAGAAGAGUCCUCACUUGUCAUCUCAUUAUCAUCUCUGCCCACCGUCUGGUUGACUUUGUUCGAUGAGAGGUCACGGUGUGCUUCUAACUGCUGAAGCCGGGGGCCUUUCCUUGUUUUCCCAACUCACUUGUCAGCGUAAAGUGUUCUGAGCUCAUGGCUUCUCUUUCCUUUUUUUUUUUUUUUUUAACACUGCCCUCCUUGGACUCCUGGUUUUUCUUCUACUCUCAUGGCUUCUUUUCUGCUCCUUCCUUAGUUCUUAAGCCUAGGGUACCUAGCCCUCGUGGUUCCAGCCCAAGAUCAUUUCCCCACUCUCUCUGUCUUCUUUCUGUGUUGGAGAUUUGACCCACUCCCGGGGUUUCCAUGAAAGCGGCUCCCAGCUGACUCCCUGUCUUUGCCGGUCUGAUCCAUUUCCAGUCCUCCCUUGCCCACGCUUCUAACUGCUGCCUGUCCUGCCAGCCCCUCAACACGUUCGAGACUGUCAUCGUCACCCUCUAUUUUGUUCCUCCUCCAGCCUCUCUAGGAAGAACUCCAAGGCUUUGGGGUUGCACACCUGCGGUUGGAACUCUGGUUCUACACUUUUCUGUGUGUAGCAUCUGAAGCAAGGUCCUUUUUUCUCAUGUUCGGUGAACGAUGCCAGUGCUCACUGUGAAAAAAGCACUUGUUAGAUGCUGGUCCCCUUCCCCAUUUCUUAUUAGCAUGAACACUUCCCCUCUACAGUGGGCUUGGAAUCAUCUAAGCCCACUGUUGUUUAAUGUAACAAUGUACAUCCCCUUCCCCCUCCACCUCCCCAAAUCCGUGUCAAUUCUCUCGCACUGGGCCCCCUCCUUUCUAGUUUGAAAGGAAGUCAUCUAGGUCCAUGCUACCCAACUCUUUGUCUUUAGGCUCUGCCCCUCCCCCCAAUCCACUCUGUCUACUACCACCACCUGAAGCACAGUUCUGAUCAUAUUAAUUCCCUGUUUGAAACUUCUGACCCUUGAUUCCAUACCUUUACUUUCAAUAUUUUUUUACAGUGUGCCUUAAACCUAGUUUUCUGCCAAACUUAGGCUGGCUCAAUCACCAGGCAUGCCGGGACAUCAGUGACGUAGAAUUUGAGGGGCAGGGUAGCAGGUGUUUAUCCAAAGGUAUCCAGUCUGGAGGUGGGGCAAUGCUCUUAGGCCCUGGUGACGCUCAGGGUGAAAUGGGGCUUCACCUGCACCUAGGAUCUGGGCUUUAGUCCUCACAGCAAGAGCCUAGGCGGAGGAUCAACCACUGCACCCCAGCCAAGCGGCUUAAAAGUAAAGGCAGCACUAGAAGACCACGUGGAAAUCCAGGGAGUCUUGGGAAAUGGAGGCAAAAUUCCAACCACUAUGUGCGGAGCAACAGGACAGAGGGAGGGAAGAAAGAAGCCAAUGCAAUGGUCCUGGGCUUAAGGCAGCAGGGUUGAUUCGGGGCUCUGAGAGCAGACCUCCAGCUGUUUAUCUUUCUGUUCCCUGGCUUUAGGCAAAUUUCUUGCAAAUAGUGUUAGCGUAAUUGAUUUGACACACCUCCCUAGACUUACCUCUUCCCAUAGAAGGUGCUGGGUCCUCUGGAAACUCUCUACAUCGCCUUACUGACUGGAAUUUUCACAGCCAAGACAGAAGACAGGUGGGGCUUUGGUUUGUAAAUCUCCAUCUCAGGCAUUGAGCAGGGCGUUUAGUCAGCGUGUGGAAAACCUUUUUCAUUCUGCUGGAGAUUUAAGAAUAAUAAGGGACUCUUACCAUUAUCACCUGGCCAGGAGACAUUCUUUCUUCCACUUUAAAGAGCCCAAACUCCCUUCAGUUCGGAAACAUUAAAUGAAUGGUCGCCGGUGUGUGCUGAGACCUGAGCCGCGUGUACCACUGUCCUGGUCCCCUGUCCACUCCUAGCAGCCUCUGGGCCAGCAUCCCGUGGAUCCCGUUCUGGGUUUAUUCUUUUUAUGAUUAAUAGCUAACAUUUACUGAGUGCUUACUAUGUGCCAGGCACUGUGCAAAAGGAAACACAUUGCCUCAUUCCCAGGUGGUUCCUGGCAAACUGAGCAGGACCCCAAAGUAAAUAGAAACCCUGAGGAAUUAGGGGAGCAUGGGCUUAUGCAGGCCGGCACCACCCAGGGGAGAUUGCAUUCAAGAGAUGGUUUUGCAACUCAGCCUCUGUUUCAGGCCUGCUGUCUGCCUCCCACUGACUCGGCAGUGGGCCUGGAGUUCAGUGGUGGGCAGAGGCAUGGUGGGGAAGGUGGGGGCUGCCCAGGCCUGACCCAGGCAGCAUCAGUGUUGUGUAGGAUAUUGGGGAGCUGGAAGAGGGACCCUCCCCAGCUCCUCCCACUUUAUCCCAGAGCCCUCCACUCUCCCCCAGGGUUAAAUGCUAAAAAUUCCCUCCAUGGGGUGAGCUUUCGUUCCUUGGUUCACUCCAAAAAGGCUUAAAAUGCAAGUAGCUCUAGAGAAGGUAACAGAGUUGCCUCCCAUUUACAAGAAGAGAUGAAUGACUCAGGAAAAUUUUCCAGCAAGGGGUGGGGAGAGGAGGUCCAGGUAUCCCGGCUCAGCUCGCUGAAGCAGAGUGGGGAGAAGAGGGGGCGCUGUGGGAAGCUGAGAACCCGGCAGGCAAACCCCUGCCAUCAAAGCACUGCAGAAUGCCCCACGAGGACCCAUCCAGCCUGAAACGGGUUGGUUAAACAGCCUUCUGUGGGAAAGAACCCAGAAGGAUGACAAACAGAGUCAAGUUCACGUCCCUGUUGAUGAGAGCAUGACUCCUGGAACGUGAGCCUGGGGCGGGAGGCAGGGGCAGGGGUCCUGGGAGCGCGCCUCUCUGCCCACGGUUGUCCCAGGAGUUGCACGAGCAGUGGCCCAGUCAGCUACUCCUCCCAAGGCCCCCUGCUCCCACAUUUAUGAUUUGAAAAGGAAUUCUUUUAAAAUGUUUUUGGAAUUUUGUGUGAAGUCUAACAAGGCACUUGAAGUGUAAAGAUUUGUGUAUUUAGGAAAGCUGAGGGAAAUGACCUUCACUGAAAAAAAUAAAAUCCCACAGAAAGUAGGACUGUCCCAGACGAUUCAGCACGCCUGGUUGUCAGAGACCUGUCCCCGCCACCCUCUGCUUCCAAAACCCUAGUUCUAGAGCAACAGCCCGGUGUUAGAACGCCCCACCCCUCACUUGGCUCACCUCCCAAUUCUCUCGACAGUGGAAGAAGGAAGUCGGAAUAGAGUUGGGGAGGGGGGCGCUGGGAGGGGGUCACCGCCAUAUUGCAGAUGCCUUUACCAUGUCGAAGGCCAGGAGACGGAGGGCAGGGUGCUCUCAUCAGCAACAGGCCAGACGCCAAGCGCAGGCCAGGUGGGAGGUCGGAGGGCACGGCCGCCCUCCAUCUUGGUUUGGACGAAUGGCCGGCGCCAGGAGUCCGGGAAGCAGGGAGGAGCAGAGCAGAGCCCCCGGCCAGGGUGGAGGGGCAGCUGCCGUGACUGAGGAUGGUCUCUGUUCAGCAGGGAGCCGGCUGUGAGCCAGGGCUCAGACCUGAGCUGAGGGGAGAAGAGGACGUUUCUCUGCGGCGGGCCACAGGAGCGUGCCCUGGGUGAGGAGGGGGCAGCGGAGCACCUGCCGCUCGGCUCGUCGGGAGGGAGGAAACGGAAGCAGAGUAGCCAGGUGCCUAGUGAUGAACCCGGAGGUGCAAGACUAUCCAGGUUUCAGUGGCCCCAAAGGGCGUGGGAUGGCGGAGAAUCUGUGACUCCAAUAGCAGCUGUGGAACACUCGUGGCCAGCUCCCGGGCCCCAGCCCCCAAACUAGACUCCCAGGGGUGGGAAGUGAGCGGAGGCCAAACUUGGGACAGCGGGCAGAGCUGUGGCUGCUUGAACGGGAAUCCCUGUCUCGGAUGUCGUUGGUCUGGGAAUGUGGCGAGACUGAGCGUGCAGACAACUCAGCUGUCAGGACCUGAGGAGGGCCAGGGAAGGUGGGCCAGGACCAGAGGGUGAGCAGUUUCAUUCAAUCACAACUCACUGCAAACCGCUGAGUGCGACGGCAUCAGCAGGACAGGGAGAGGAAGAUGAGUAAGACAUGGUCCUUACACUUGAGAGGUUCGUGGUUUUUUAUGGCAGAUACACUGGGAAAAAAAUAGAAACUCCAGUGCCUUAAGAUGCUUAGUCAAAUUCAUGGUGUUUUAAAUUUAUUACACCGAAGCAGCUUUCUAGUGCUUACAUUUUACUCCAGUAAUACUCUUUAGCUUAUGAAUAUCAAAUUUAGUCAUCCACGGACUAGUCCAUUGAGGCACUGCACAGCACUCCACCUUGAGCUCACCUCCAAGAUGCACACAGGCUUCAGUGGCCAAUAAAAGCAGCUGGUCACCGGGCACUGCUUUGGGUUGAGUGUCGAGGAGGUGGUGCUUCUGUUUCAUUCCAUAGUUUUAGCUCUAAAUCAUUGAAGAAAAUCAGAAGUCAGUUUCAUAAUUACUUUGGGGGUUUUAACUGAACAACAGGAGGGUGGAGCAGCCAUUUGAGAGCAGGGUGGAGACUUGGCCAGGUCAGAGUUGGGGGAAAGGUGUUUGAGCCCAGGAGAUUAGGAGGGGCCUGGAGGGCCUGUGGGAACAGGCCACCUUCUGCAGAGUGAUACCAAUGUCUGAGCUGCGGCUGCCCGAGAAUCCCAAGGAGGUUUACAACAUCCUCAAGGAAGUGGCAGUUGCAGAAUCUCAGAUGGCACCAUUUGGGGGAGGCUCAAAUCAGUUUCCUGCAGUUGCAAAGCAGACCUGCCCAGAGAACACACUGGCAUCCAAGUUCACGCAACUGAUCUCUUAGCAACAAGAAGCACCUUUAUAAAAGAUGGCACACAAAGAGUGAUUGCCAGAAAAGCCACCCGCUUCUUAAACAGCCGCGCAUCAUUAGCAAAACUCACCAUCUUCAGGAGUCCAAAAAGUAGAAGUGACCAGCCGACUCAGGACUCUAAAUUGCUUCCUCUGAGGUCAAGGAACACAAGAUGGUUUUGGAGAUGCUGAACCCAAUGCAUUAUAACAUCACCAGCAUGGUGCCUGAAGUCAUGCCUGUUGCCACCAUGCCAAUCCUGCUGCUCACCGGCCUCCUUCUCUUGGUUUGGAAUUAUGAGGACACAUCCUCAAUACCAGGUCCCGGCUACUGCAUGGGCAUCGGGCCGCUCAUCUCCCACGGCAGGUUCCUGUGGAUGGGCAUAGGCGGCGCCUGCAACUACUACAACAAGAUGUACGGAGAGUUCAUGCGAGUCUGGAUAUGCGGGGAGGAGACUCUCAUCAUCAGCAAGUCCUCAAGUAUGUUCCAUGUGAUGAAGCACAGUCACUACAGUUCCCGGUUUGGCAGCAAACUUGGGUUGCAGUGCAUCGGUAUGCACGAGAACGGCAUCAUAUUUAACAACAAUCCAGACCUCUGGAAGGCAACUCGACCUUUCUUUAUGAAAGCUCUGUCGGGCCCUGGCCUUGUCCGGAUGGUGGCGAUUUGCGUUGACUCCAUCAGAACGCACCUGGACAGGUUGGAGGAGGUGACCAGCAAGUCGGGCUACGUUGACGUGUUGACCCUCAUGCGGCGCAUCAUGCUGGACACCUCCAACAUGCUCUUCCUGGGGAUCCCCUUGGACGAAUCUGCCAUCGUGGUUAAAAUCCAAGGUUAUUUUGACGCGUGGCAGGCUCUUCUGCUCAAACCAGACAUCUUCUUUAAGAUUUCGUGGCUGUACAGGAAGUAUGCAAAGUCUGUCAAGGAUUUGAAAGAUGCCAUAGAAAUUCUGAUAGAAGAAAAAAGACGCAGGAUUUCCACAGCAGAGAAACUGGAAGAAAGUAUGGACUUUGCCACUGAUUUGAUUUUUGCCGAGAGACGCGGCGACCUGACAAGAGAGAACGUGAACCAGUGCAUCCUGGAGAUGCUGAUCGCGGCCCCUGACACCAUGUCUGUCUCUGUGCUCUUCAUGCUGUUCCUCGUCGCAAAGCACCCUAAGGUGGAAGAGGCAAUACUGAAGGAAAUCCAGACUGUCGUUGGUGAAAGAGACGUAAGGAUCGAUGACAUGCAAAAGUUAAAAGUGGUGGAAAACUUCAUCUAUGAGAGCAUGCGGUACCAGCCUGUGGUGGACCUGGUCAUGCGCAAAGCCUUGCAAGAUGACGUCAUCGAUGGCUACCCCGUGAAGAAGGGCACUAACAUUAUCCUGAAUAUUGGAAGAAUGCACAGACUGGAGUUUUUCCCCAAGCCCAAUGAAUUUACUCUGGAAAACUUUGAGAAGAAUGUUCCUUACAGGUAUUUUCAGCCAUUUGGUUUUGGGCCUCGUGCCUGUGCGGGAAAGUAUGUCGCCAUGGUGAUGUUGAAAGCCAUCCUUGUUACACUUCUGAGACGAUUCCACGUGCAGACGUUGCAAGGAAAGUGCGUUGAGAACAUGCAGAAAAUAAAUGACUUGUCCUUACAUCCAGAUGAGGCCGACAACCUUCUGGAAAUGAUUUUUGUCCCAAGAAACUCAGACAAAUGCCUUGAGCACUAAAGAAGGCUGGCCAGCACCUGCUCUGGAGCAUUUCUCAUCAGUAGUUUACAUGGAAAUC